GCAGGGCUGGGACUCACCCAGGCAGACUUUGAACGGGUUGUGCAGAUUCUGGUCCAGGGCGAUGACUCCGGUGUUCAUUGAAUGCAACAAAUCCGUAUGUAGAUCUGCAAUGAUCGAUUUACAGCGAUCAUACUUUAUAGCGAACUACAUAUGUCGGACAGUCACAGUGCCUCGACAUCUCUCAAUAUCCUCGAACACGGAACCGCUUCUGGGGGAAAGUAGUCAUCGGUGUGCACGAAUAUCGAGCGGACAUGCGAACUAGAUGGCCCUACAUUGCAUAAACUGCCAAAGUGCAUCUAUCUGUCUCUCAGAGACAGAAGGCUUUAUUUCUCUGAGAAUACGGCUGACUGCUUGAAACUUGAGCCUGGUUGAAGAUUCAGAGAUGUUGUUGCUGACUCAGCAAAUACCGUUUACCGUCCGAGUCGAAUCUCGACAGGUCGAUCUAAAAAGUACUCGAGCUUCAAGUCGGUGCAUUCAAAGCAUGGGAAAGGCAAAAAAGACCAGAAAGUUUGCUGCCGUCAAACGCCUCUUGAACCCCAAUGAUGCCAGAUUAAAAGAGAACCAAUUGAAGCAGAAGAGGAAAGAAGAAGAAGAGAAAGCCAAGGCGGUUCGUCGAGUACCACAGGUCGCAUCGUCCAUGUUCCUUGCGCACAACACAGAACUUGUGCCACCAUAUCGAGUCUUGAUUGAUACAAACUUCAUAAAUUUCAGCCUACAGAAUAAACUUGAAUUAGUCAGUGGGAUGAUGGACUGUUUAUAUGCAAAAUGCAUACCCUGUGUUACGGACUGCGUUAUGGCUGAAUUGGAGAAGCUCGGUCACCGAUAUCGUGUGGCACUUCGUGUUGCUCGAGAUCCACGAUUCGAGCGAUUGAACUGCAGCCACACUGGGACAUACGCAGAUGACUGCUUGGUGCAGCGUGUCACUGCUCACAAGUGCUAUAUAGUCGCUACUUGCGAUCGAGAACUCCGGAGGCGUAUACGACAGAUUCCUGGUGUGCCGCUAAUGUAUAUCGUCAGCAGACGCUAUGCCAUUGAACGGCUUCCUGAUCAAGGGGCUCCUGGUUCAUGAUACUUUUAAGACCCAAAAUACAUCUACGGUCACUUUAUUAGUGAUGUACAGUGCUGCUACCGCACUUUGUUGAUUCAGUGCGUACCCUUUGAUUGGAACUGCGUAUAUCGAUCAUCUGUACAUCCUGCACACAGGUAC